AUGACGUCGACAAACCAACACGAGUCGCAGCCGACGCCUCAGCAUUUGGAAUUGGAGCUGUGUUGGAACAACAGCAAAAUGACGACAACUGGAAACCAGUUGCUAACGGACCACAAACCGCUGUUAGUGAUAUUAACGACGAAAGAAAUUAAUAAACUCUCCAACCGAUUACAAAGACUAAGAAUGCGGUUGUUAAAGUUUAAUUAUGAUGUGCAAUACGUCCCGGGAAAAACAUUCCAUGUACCCGACGCGUUAUCUCGCGCACCUCUACACGAAGGCGUCCGCGACGAACUAUCAUCGAGUUCCUGCUCAGAAGAGGUGGUACGGAAACAUCAGGAGGAAGAUCAAGAAAUGCAACUAUUGAAGAAAUUUGUAGUAGAAACAUGGCCAGGAAAACCACCUACUGCCGUGACACCAUACUUUAAAUUUCGUAACGAAUUAAAAAUCCACAAUAACCUAAUCUGUUAUAGAGAUCGCUUAGUAAUUCCCAGGGCCCUCCGCAAGCAAUGUUUGCGAGUACUACACGAUGGACACCUGGGCACGCCCAAAUGUCUGGAAAAAGCGAAGACAACAGUUUGGUGGCCUGAAUUACGCCGACAUCUGAAGGAUAUGGUUGAAAACUGCGAGACUUGUAUCAAGCACCGCCAGCCUGUAGUCGAGCCAAUGAUCCCUUCCACAGUACCAUCCCGUCCGUGGAAAGUCCUAGGUGCGGACCUCGCCUACUACAAUGGAAAGAAUUACCUAGUGGUGCAGGACUAUUACUCGAAAUACCCUGAAAUUCGCAAGCUGAAAAAACUGACUAGCUUAGAAACAAUAGAAUAUCUCAAGGACAUAUUCUCGCACCAUGGAAUUCCGGAAGAAUUAAGAAGCGAUAAUGGUAAACAGUUCGACAGCCUCGAGUUCAGAACUUUUGCCAAGGACUACGGAUUUCGAUGGGUGAGCAGCAGCCCGGAAUUCCAGCAGAGUAAUGGACAAGCAGAAAGUGCAGUCAAACUAUUGAAAACCAUCUUGAAGAAGAACGAGGAUCCAUUUCUGGGCAUGCUGGCCUACAGAAAUACUCCCUUAUCCUGCGGAGCCUCCCCAGCCCAGCUGUUGUUUGGCAGGCAGUUACGGGACAGGGUGCCAGCAAUAAGCAGAAGAUUGGUACCAAAGCUGCCAAACCAUCAAGCAAUUAGGAGAGAAAUGGAGGCAGAAAAACAACGACAAAAACAUCACUACGAUAGACGGCAUCGCACGAAAGAUAAUGCGGAGCUGAAGGCUGGUGAUCGAGUGUGGCUUAUUCAUCGAAAAGAAGAGGGAAUGGUGCAGACGCCAGAUGAAACACCAAGAUCAUACUGGGUAAAGACUCCUCAUGGCCAGGUCAGAAGAAACCGACAACAUUUGCAAAAACUACCAGAGCUGGGUGAAAAUCCCCCAAGAAAUUCUGAGCCAGAGAUCAUGUCUUCACCAACCAACAAACAACCAAAAACGCCAACACCUCCCGUCUCUGCGAGACCAAACCGCACGAAAAAACCACCAGGCAGAUUUAAAGAUUUUGUGAUAAAUUAA